AUGAGAGGCCUGAAGGGUCAGCAGCAGAGAGAACAGCAGAGCUUUACCAGCACAGCCCAGAAUGGCUUACCCAGGCACAGAAAGGAGGUAAAUCCACAGCUACCCAAGUGUCAUCUCUUCAACCUACCUGGACCUACUUGGUCUCACUUUUUGGCCUCCCUGGACCCCUCCAGUGCCAAGACUUUAGCCUCCUUGGAACUCUUUAAAAUCCCCUUUUCAGAUUCAUUGGAUUUAUCCAGUCUGAGCUCUUCAUCCUCUGUGGAAUUCUCCAGUCUCACUUCUUCAUCCUCUCUGGACCUUUCAAGUCUCACAUCUUCAUUCUCCUCAGACUUCUCCAGUACCUCCUCUUCAAUUUCCUUGGAGCUCUCCAGCCUCACCUCUUCAGAUUCCUGGGAGCGCUCCAGUUUCUCCUCUUCAGUUUCACUGGACCUAUCAAGUCUCACUUCAUCAGGCUCUGUGGAUCAGUCUGGUGACAGUUCUUCAAUCUCUUUAGACCUCUCAAGUGUCACCUCUCUAUCCACAGAUUUCUCCAGCCCUACUUCUUCACUCUCUCUAGACCUCUCCAGUCUCACUUCUCCGUCCUCCACAGAUGUUUCCAGUCACACCUCCUCAGCUUCCCUGGACUUUUCCUGUACAAUCCCUCCAUCCUCACCAGGUGUCUCUGAGAACAGCUCCUCCACCUCGUCGGAAUCUCUAGACCUCACCGAUUUUAACUAUUUCGUGUUUCAGCGCUCCUCUGGAUUAUCUCCAUCAACUCCCGAGGAUGUUUCCAACCUCAUCUCUACACCUUUUCUGGAUGUCUCCAGUCUCACCUUUCAGGAUGCUUCUUCCCUCAGUCCCUCAGUUUCUUUGGACAUGUCUAACCUCACGUCCUUAGCUCCCCCAGACCUGUCCACGCUCACGUUUCUGGACGUUGCUAAUCGCACUGCAGCGGCUUCCCUCGACCUCUGCAUCUAACCCUGCUAACCCAUCCCCUCCCUCUGCAGCCUCCUCAGCUUCUCUCCUUUCUUCUCUCCCUGAAAAUUCCUACCUGAGGAAAUUUUAGGGCUUUACAAAAUAUCUCCUGGCAUCUAAACUGGGCAUGAAAACAAGUCAUACAAAUCUGUAACGGUGCCUUGGAACAGCUGCACAAACAUCAGUGUUCGUUCUGGAGUUUUGGUAGAGCACGGUUUCUGUCACUGAGUGAUAUCCAGUCAUGGUUGGUACCUCUCCCAAAGGUUUAGCGUUUUCAGUUCAUGCUGAAUUUUUAUCUAUCAAGACCAACAAAUAGUAAAGAGAGCUAAAUGUGUAAGUAAUUGCAUCCAGGUUGUGUAUCUCCAUUAUGGAUUUAUAUCCGAGUUAAUUUCACAGAAUUGCAGGCAGAGGCAUUUCACAGGGAAGUACAGAGAGAGAAAAUGUGGUGGAAAAGAAAAUUGUGGAGCAAAAACCAGGUGAGAAAUAGGUUAGGGAGAGGAAGCAGAGAAGCUGUGGGGCAGGAAUAGAGGGGCAUCUAGCUGGAAAAAAAAAUCCAACCCCGCUGGCAUGAUUUUUCUCUGCCAAGCCAUCCAUGGGGCCUGGGCUGCCCAUGAGGCUUAAAAUAAUCUUAUUGCUAAUUAUUUUACCUUUCAAAUCAUCAGAUGUUCCCACUAAAGAAGCAUUUGCAUGUUACAUCCUCUUUUUCAAUUUAUGUAAGUACUGCAGUUACUUGUCUUGCAUCAAAUAUGCUGCUCAGGUAGCACAGAGGGGCUUCCCAAAAUCUUUGGUGCUGUCUUGUAUAUUUUUGUUAUCAUUGUUAUGACUGGGGCUUGGAAACCAAAUAUAUUUCCUUUCAAUAUCACUGGCACCUUUCUGUGUUAAAAGUGCACAAACAUGUUUGUCAUAACAAAUAUUUUUUCAUUUAUUUCAUUUCUGCAAAUUGGAAAGCUUUGCUCCAAUAUGCCACAUCUGUCACAAAAUUAAAAUAUGUUUCACACAAAAAUAAAGAAGGAAACAAAUGUAUGAAUUAAGAAUUGUUUUCUGCCUCGUCUACACUAGUUAUUUCCUUAAAAUUAAGUAGGACCAAUUGCAAUAUGUGUAUUUAAGAAAUUAACCCAAAAUUCUAUAGGAGCAGAGUUGGUUAACAGUUAAAAAAAAUGACAGAUCGCUGGUCCAGAUCUGACUGCUGUAUGCUGGAGACAGACUGACAUAUCUGGUGAUCAAUUGUUCUUUUUGCUCUGGGGGCUCUCCCCUGACAUUACUGUGUGGGCUGUUAAUUGCAAAGGUGCUGGACUAAAUGAGAUCUCUA